CACGUGGCCCCGGUCGCAUUUGUUUGCGGAAGUAGGGCGAAGUAGAGGUGCUGAGUAAGCUGAGGUCCCUGCAGGCCCAGGAUCCAGGGACAGCAGUGACUGAGGGUUCGGGCAGCGGGGCCUCCUUGCCUGCUGUGCAGAGGAUGCAGUUCUUCGGCCGCCUGGUCAACACCCUCAGUAAUGUCACCACCUUGUUCUCCAAUCCAUUCCGAGUGAAGGCGGUGGCCCUGACUGACUAUGCCUCAAGUAGCCGGGUCCUGGAGGAAGGGCAGCUGAUCCUGUUCCAGAACACUUCCAGUCGCACCUGGGACUGCAUCCUGGUCAACCCCAGGAACUCUCAGAGUGGCUUCCGACUCUUCCAGCUGGAGUCGGAGGCCGAGGCCCUGAGGAGCUUCCAGCUGUUCUCCUCCCAGCUGCCUCCCUUCUACGAGAGCUCCGCACAGGUCCUGCACGCCGAGGUCCUGCAGCACCUCAGCGACCUCAUCCGCAACCACCCAAGCUGGUCCGUGGCGCACUUGGCCGUGGAGCUGGGCAUCCUCGAGUGCUUUCAUCACAGCCGGGUCAUCAGCUGCGCCAAUAGCACGGAGAAUGAGGAGGGCUGCACCCCCCUGCACCUGGCCUGCCGAAAGGGCGACGGGGAGAUCUUGGUGGAGCUGGUGCAGUACUGCCAUGCCCAGAUGGAUGUCACUGACAGCAAAGGAGAGACUGCCUUCCACUAUGCCGUGCAGGGUGACAGCUCCCAGGUGCUACAGCUUCUAGGGAAGAACACAUCAUCCGGCCUGAACCAAGCAAACCACCAAGGGCUGACCCCGCUGCACCUGGCCUGCCAGCUGGGCAAGGAGGAAAUGGUGCGUGUGCUGCUGCUGUGCAAUGCACGCUGCAAUGUGGUGGGGCCUGGCGGCUACCCCAUCCACACGGCCAUGAAGUUCUCCCAGAAGGGGUGUGCUGAGAUGAUCAUCAGCAUGGACAGCAACCAGAUCCACAGCAAAGACCCUCGCUAUGGAGCCAGCCCCCUGCACUGGGCCAAGAACGCAGAGAUGGCCCGAAUGCUGCUGAAGCGGGGCUGUGACGUGGACAGCACCAGCACCUCGGGGAACACGGCCCUGCAUGUGGCGGUGAUGCGCAACCGUUGCGACUGUGUCAUGGUGCUGCUGACCCAUGGGGCCAACGCGGAUGCACGUGGCGAGCACGGCAAUACCCCAUUGCACCUGGCCAUGUUGAAAGACAACGUGGAGAUGGUGAAGGCCCUCAUUGUGUUUGGAGCAGAAGUGGAUACUCCGAAUGACUCUGGGGAGACUCCUGCCUUCAUAGCCUCCAAGAUCAGCAAACUCGUCACCAGGAAGGCGUUCUUGACUCUGCUGAGAACUGUGGGGGCCAACUGCAGCCUCCCACCCAUCCAAGGGGCCCCCUCGGAGCACGGCUCUGUGGCAUCGCCUCUCCCCUGCUCCCUGGAGAGAGCUCAGCCCCCGCUGAUCAGCUUAAGCAGACUAGAGCUACAGGACGUCUUGCACAUCUCCCGCGCCCGGAAGCCACCCUUCAUCCUGAGCUCCAUGAGGGAUGAGAAGCGGACCCACGACCACCUGCUCUGUCUGGAUGGAGGGGGAGUGAAAGGCCUGGUCAUUAUCCAGCUCCUCAUCGCCAUCGAGAAGGCCUCAGGCGUGGCCACCAAGGACCUCUUUGACUGGGUGGCGGGCACCAGCACGGGGGGCAUCCUGGCCCUGGCCAUCCUGCACAGCAAGUCCAUGUCCUACAUGCGUGGCGUGUACUUCCGCAUGAAGGAUGAGGUGUUCCGGGGCUCUCGGCCCUAUGAGUCGGGGCCCCUGGAGGAGUUCCUGAAGCGGGAGUUCGGGGAGCACACCAAGAUGACAGAUGUCAAGAAGCCCAAGGUGAUGCUGACCGGGACACUGUCUGAUCGGCAGCCAGCUGAGCUCCACCUCUUCCGGAAUUAUGAGGCCCCAGAGGCCAUCCGGGAGCCUCGCUUCAGCCAGAACGUUAACCUAAAGCCUCCAGCUCAGCCCGAAGAGCAGCUGGUGUGGCGGGCAGCCCGGAGCAGUGGGGCAGCCCCCACCUACUUCCGGCCCAAUGGGCGCUUCCUGGAUGGCGGGCUGCUAGCCAACAACCCCACUUUGGACGCCAUGACCGAGAUCCACGAGUUCAACCAGGACCUGAUCCGCAAGGGUCAGGGCAACAAGGUGAAGAAACUCUCCAUUGUGGUGUCUCUGGGGACAGGGCGGUCCCCUCAGGUGCCUGUGAGCUGUGUGGACGUCUUCCGCCCCAGCAACCCCUGGGAACUGGCCAAGACCGUUUUUGGGGCCAAGGAACUGGGCAAGAUGGUGGUGGACUGUUGCACGGACGCUGAUGGGCGGGCUGUGGACCGCGCCCGGGCCUGGUGCGAGAUGGUGGGGAUCCAGUACUUCAGACUGAACCCCCAGCUGGGGACAGACAUCAUGCUGGAUGAGGUCAACGAUGCAGUGCUGGUCAAUGUUCUCUGGGAGACUGAGGUCUACAUCUACGAGCACCGAGAGCAGUUUCAGAAGCUGGUCCAGCAGCUGCUCUCACCCUGAGCCCCUCCCUUCCCUGCGGCGAGGCCACUGGCACCCAGGCAGAGCCAGGGCCAGGCAGCUCCGAGUCCUUUGGUGGACUGGGGCCCGGGACGCACGCAGCUUUCACCUGAGGCUGGUCCCUCUCCUGCCCACCUUCCUCACCUUCUGUCACUGCAGGCUGAGUGUCCAGAGUCCUCGGUGCCUUUCCCUGGCUGAGGGACAUGACCAGUGGCCCUGUGCCCCCUGAGCUACAACACUACAAUGCCCAGUGCACCCUGCAGCCCCCAGACCUGCAAGGGCCCCCAGGUUUCCUAGUGGGCACAGCCCACUGCACCCUCUCUCUGGGGUGAAGUCUGUCACCCCCCGCACACCGGAAACCCGGGCUCCAGGCGUGGCAUGCCCCAUUCGACUUUGCCCCUCUGUACAUCCAGCCACCCUGUCCUUGGAGCUGCCCCACCCUGAAUCCUCCCCAGCUCUCAAAGGUCACCCUGUGAGAUCACUUAAUCUUCCCUACAAAAGCAUUUGAGAGUGGGGAGGGGAUGGGACCCCCCAAACUGUGAAAUAAAUGGUUUGGACCUCC